AAGGUGAAGUCACAGAGCGGGGCAGGGAACUUGUCAGUCAGGAAGUUCCCCUGAGUGCAUGUGCAAGACGAGUGUACAUAUGGCUGCUGCUAUUUGUCUGCUGACUGAAGAUCAGUUUUUGUGUCCCAUCUGUCUGGAUGUGUUCACUGAUCCAGUUACCACACCAUGUGGACACAACUUCUGCAAAAACUGCAUCAAUCAGCACUGGGAAAAUGAUGUCCAGCACAAGUGUCCCAUGUGUAAGAAGAUUUUCUACACAAGACCUGAGCUGCAAGUCAAUAUUUUCAUCUCUGAGAUGGCUGCUCAGUUCAGACAAUCAGCUAAAAAGAAAGACAACAGCAGAUCAGAGCAACAGUGUGCCAGAACAGAAGUUCCCUGUGACAUCUGUGCUGAAACCAAACUCAAGGCUGUAAAGUCCUGUCUGGUGUGCCUGGCUUCCUACUGUGAGACGCACCUAGAGCCUCAUCUGACAGCAAUGGCCCUAAAACGUCAUCAGCUGAUCGACCCCGUUAAGAACCUGGAAGCCCGGAUCUGUAAGAAACACAAUAAACCUCUGGAGCUGUUCUGCAAGAACGACCAGAUGUGUGUCUGCAUUCUCUGUGCAGUUUUAGACCAUAAGCCACACACUGUUGUUCCUCUGAAAGACGAAUGUGAAGGAAAGAAGGCAGAGCUGGGGGAGAAAGAGGCUAACAUUGAGGAGAUGAUUCAGAUGAGACAAAAGAAGAUUCAGGAUAUCAAACAUUCAGUGGAGCUGAGCGAUGAAGACGCACACAGAGAGAAAGCAGCUGGUCUUCAGGUCUACAACAUUUUGAGGCAGCUUCUGGAAAGAGGCCUGAGUGAGAUCACUGAGUCAGUUGAGGAGAAGCAGAGAAAAACCCAAGAACAGGCCAAAGGUUUCAUCACAGAGCUGGAACAGGAGCUCUUUGCGCUGAUGAAGAGAAGUGAUGAACUGAAGCAGCUCUCGCACUCUGAAGAUGACCUAGACUUCCUCCAAACCUUUCCACUCCUGACUACGUUGUUACCCACCAAGGACUGGACAAAUGUCAGCAUACCUCUACCAAUAUAUGAAGGGAGUGUCAGGAAAGCUAUGGAGACUGGUUUUGAACAAUUGGAGAAGACUGAGGCCCUCAGGAAAGAGAAACGUAAGUUGUCUGAGGCUGAACUGAGGAAGGUUCAGCAGUAUGCCGUGAAUGUGACUCUCAAUCCUGACACAGCAAAUCGUUACCUUGUCCUGUCUAAUGAUGAAAAACAAGUUAGGUGUGUGGAUUUACGGAACCAUCUCCCAGACAAUACAGAGAGAUUUUCUUAUUGGGGUAAUGUCUUAGGAAGGCAUGGUUACUCUUCGGGGAGAUUUUAUUAUGAGGUUCAGGUGACAGGGAAGACUGAGUGGUAUUUAGGUGUGGCCAGAAAGUCAGUGGACAGGAAGGCAAGCAGCCCAAUGAGUCCUCAGAAUGGUUACUGGAAGGUGCAUUUGAAGGAUAAUGAGUACAAGGCUUCUGAUGACCCUCCAGUCUCUCUCUCUCUUAAGUCAAAGCCAAAGAAGGUGGGGGUGUUUGUGGAUUACGAGGAGGGUCUGGUUUCCUUUUAUGACACCGAUGCCAUUGAUCUUAUCUACUCCUUCACUGGCUGCUCCUUCACUGAGAGACUCUACCCAUUCUUAAAUCCCUGCAUUUAUGAUGGUGGUAAAAACUCUGCUCCCCUGAUCAUUACUUCUGUUACGUCCACCAAGUAGAGCAGUAUUCAUCAGGCUCAGUGGCAAUGUGCAAGGAUUAAAUCCAGAAACAACUGGUUUGUCUAUUGUCUGAGUUGUAAAUGUUUUUUCAUCUUUUUUUAAUUUAUUUUUUUUUUAUCAAUAAUAGAUCAAUAAGUCUUAAAUAAUUUUUGUGCAGAACUCAUUUACCAUGACAUUACCAGACUGUAUGUGUUACUAAAACGUUCUGGGAUUAUUAUAUUCUCUAUGGGGAAUUAUUUUUUAAAUUAUUAUCACAAAAUGGUGAUUGACAGCUAUUGACAGUAAAAUGUGUUUCUUUUUUAAGGAAAUAUGAAGUUUUCAGGGAAGAUAAUGUCACAGUCCUCAUCUGCUAGUUUAUCCUUCACCUCCAGUACCUUUCUUCAAGAGGUGAAAAGACUUUUUGUCUUCUUAGCAGAUCAUAUUUACAGAGAUCAUAUUUUUGUUUUAUGCUUGAGCUAUCUGCCUUCAAACUUGGCAUCACUCAGGAAAAAUUGUUGCCAUAAAUUUUACUCAUUGCAAUAAAAUGGAAAUAGAGUCA